CACGCCACCUCUACGUGCUACGUCACCCUUGCGUGCUCGGUUGCUUAGCAACCGUAGACUGCGUGGCACCAUAGGAGCAAAAGAUACAAAGAAGAGUGUAAGCCUCCGAGCCAAGAUGCCCCGCUCUGCAGCCAAGUCCCAAGCUGACAAGCGCAGAUGUAGGUCCACUGUCCAGGUGACCCCACCUCCAACGCAGGAGGUAGAAGUGGAAGACAUUAUCCCUGGUCGCUUAACUCAGCCCCAAUGGAUGGACAUGUUGAUCCAGGAGGACGCAGAUGAGACAGUGGGGGAGAUCAUGGAGGAACUGUUGAGCAAGGUCAUGGAAGGCUGUUUAAAGGUGUACAUUGAAAGACAGCUUGCACCUUUCUCCGCAUCCUGGGCCGAGAGCUACCUCACACAGAUUCUAGAGCAGCGAAUUGUGUCCCUAGAUGAAGGAGAAGGACCAGAGGAAGCAUCUAAAACAGAAGACUCAGAGCCUAUGCCGGCAACUUCUGAUGCCUGGGCUCAAGGAUGCGUGCCUGUUGAAAAUGCUAGCCCUCGACUUCACCUCGCCUCACAACAGGAGGUUGACAUUGGCCAGGUCCCAGUACAAACGGAGCCAAGUGUCAAACAGCAAUGUAAUGUUAUGGCCCAAGCAAACAGCUCUCCAAAGACAUCUGAAAAGCAAACAAGUCCCAGGAGACCUGUCAGAGACAAGCGCUAUAAACUACUCAGUCCUCGUCCCUCACUAAAUAUUGAUCUAGAGAAAAAGCAGCAGAUUAUUUUACCUCCCAAGCCUGUUCCACGCAAAUCACUUCCGCCCCUGUCCUGUUCGGCAGAAAAACAGGAUGUGGAGGGUAAAAAUAAGACACCUUCUGUCUCUAACCGUACGACUGGAUCAUUACAUCAGCACAAGGACUACCAACGCAUACCAAGGCUGGAUCCCUCUUCCCUGCCUCGACACUUCAUCUUUCCUCAAUAUGAGAUUUUGGAUAACAACUGCGCAAAACCCAACUCCAAGAAACCAAGCGGACAAUCCAAACUAGAACCAAGAUAUAACAAGAAGCAAACUGAGUGGACAGUAACCUCCCUGAAGCCACUAACCAGCUCUCAGGAUCGGCCAGAAAAGUUUCAGAGGAGAAAAGAUGCCGAUCUCUGGCAGAAGAAAUUGUCUCCUUAUAGACAUAGAAGAGAAGGAAUGGUGUCCUCUGGGCCUCUCAGGCUGGAGACAAUGGAGCUGGCCAAGGGUGUUUCACUCCUGGAACCCCAGGCAGUUGACAUUAACUCUUUCAAAUUUAAACUUCCUGCUCCGUCUACCAAGCUGAGGCUGAUACAAAGUGAUGCAGCUGUGCCACUGUUUUCAGUUGAACAGGUUACCACAGGUCCACCGCCUCAAGUCACCCCAUUGUUUCAGUCCGAGAACUGGGACAAUUGAUUAUAAAGAUGUGUGGUAAUAAAUGUCUGUAGUGGUAUUGGAGCAUUAUGUGCUGUAUGUGAUUGAAAAUAAAAAAGAUCCUUUUUGAUACAA